CCCGUCUCUGCUCUGCUUAAUCUCACUUCUCUCUCUCUCUCCUCCCCUGUUUCUCUCUCCUCCUCCUUCUCCUCCUCGUUUCCCCCAUUUCUUAGGGCUCAACGAGAACGACAGCAAGAACAAGGAGCAGAAGAAGGAGACGAUUCUGUGUUGUAAUUUGUAAGCUAGAUCUUUCUUUCAUGGCCGGCAACCACAUUAACAGCGCCACUGCUUAUGCCGGCGAAUUUCUCGACUCUGCUAAUGGUAACAAGCUUCUUCUCUCCUCCUCCGGCUCCUUCAAGGCUCGGAAGAAGCCUGCUCCUCCGCUAAUCUCACGAGCUGCCUCCGAUGUGGAUGAUAUUGUCACUCUCUUGCACGGCUCUGAUCCAGUUCGCGUCGAGCUCAACCGCCUUGAGAAUGAAGCUCGAGAUAAAGACAGGGAAUUGGGGGAGGCUCUUGCUGAAGUUAAGUCAUUAAAAAAUUCAGAACGGCUCAAAGAGAAGGCGGUUGAAGAGUUAACAGAUGAGUUGAAGAAAGUAGAUGAAAAGCUCAAGGCAACUGAAGCUCUUUUGGAAAGCAAGAACCUUGAGAUCAAGAAGAUUAAUGAUGAGAAAAAGGCUGCUCUAGCUGCACAGUUUGCUGCUGAAGCCACUCUUCGAAGAGUUCAUGCAGCCCAAAAAGAUGAUGAAAUGCCUCCGAUUGAGGCCAUUAUAGCUCCAUUGGAGGCAGAGCUUAAGCUAGCCAGGCUUGAGGUAGCAAAGUUGCAAGACGACAAUAGAGCUCUAGAUAGACUUACGAAAUCCAAGGAGGCUGCACUACUUGAGGCUGAGAGAACCGUCCAGAUUGCUUUGGCAAAAGCAUCGUUGGUUGAUGACUUACAAAACAAAAACCAAGAGUUAAUGAAGCAAAUUGAAAUAUGCCAGGAGGAGAAUAAGAUAUUAGACAAGUUGCACAGACAAAAGGUUGCGGAAGUUGAAAAGUUAAUGCAAACUGUCCGCGAGCUAGAGGAGGCUGUCUUGGCUGGUGGUGCUGCAGCCAAUGCUGUGCGUGAUUACCAGCGAAAAGUGCAAGAGAUGAGUGAGGAAAGAAGAACUUUGGAACGUGAGGUAGCUCGUGCAAAAGUUACUGCCAACAGGGUUGCCACUGUUGUUGCCAAUGAAUGGAAAGAUGCAAAUGAUAAAGUGAUGCCAGUGAAACAAUGGCUUGAAGAAAGAAGAUUUUUUCAGGGAGAAAUGCAGCAACUUCGCGAUAAACUAGCAGUUGCUGAGCGUACCGCAAAGGCUGAAGCACAAAUGAAAGAAAAAUAUCAGCUGCGCUUCAAGGUUUUGGAGGAAAAGCUUAGAUCAUCAAAUGGCAACCCAAAACUUGCUUCUGAAGGAAGAAGCAUAAGCACUGCACCUUCCAGACGUCAGUCACUUGGAGGCACGGAACAUUUGUCUAGACUGUCUUCAAAUGGCUAUUUAUCCAGGAGAAAUACAAACUCACACACGGGAUCACUGCAAUCAAAUAGCGCCAGUGCAUUGUUGAAGACUACAAAAAUCUCUUCUAGAUCAUUUGAUGGUGGUAGUAGAUCACUGGACAGAGAAAAGCUGGUACAGGAUGCAGUAGUCAAAGAUAAUUCAGCCACAACAACCAGUGGUGAGAUUCAAUUUUCUGAAACGACUGCUCCAUAUGAGAAUGAAGACGGUAUCUCAGUUGGAAAAACCAAAACAGAGCAAGAAGAUUUUGUUUCUGGAGUGUUGUAUGACAUGUUACAGAAAGAAGUCAUAUCUCUGAGGAAAUCUUGCCAUGAGAAGGAUAUAACCCUUAAAGAUAAGGAUGAUGCAAUUGAGAUGUUGGCAAAGAAGGUCGAUACUUUGAAUAAAGCUAUGGAAGUUGAAGCGAAGAAAAUGCGAAGAGAAGUAGUUUCAAUAGAGAAGGAACUUGCUGCUAUGCGUGUAAGUAGAGAAAGCGAUCAAAGGCCACGGCGCCAGAGUGCACCCAGGGGGGCUGUAAUUGGUUCUCAGUCACUUCCUGUCAGGAAUAUCCGAAACAGAUAGGGCGUCGACGCGGAAUUACACAUUGAUGAAAUGACUUUUUUUUUAUCGACUCUACUGUCAAUAUAAUUGUAUUUUAUCAAAUCAUAAAACUCUAGUCCUUUGUCUUCCUCUCAUUGGAGCAAUCUUGUCAAGUUUUAUCUAUUUGUAAAGAAACUAACAUGAGUUUUUUCCAGGAAUUCAUCCUGUCCUGUAUAUUUCUGUACCAUUGGUACGAAGAACAGCAAAUGCAAGUUUCAAAAAGAAAAAAAAAAGGAUGCCAUGAAUUUUCUAUGAUGGAUGGAUGGAUGAAUUUGUA